AUGGCGGAAAACGAGGUGGAUUUGGACUCUAUCAUAGACAGGCUCCUCGAGGUGCGAGGAAGCAGACCCGGCAAGCAGGUGCAGCUCCUCGAGACGGAAAUCCGUUUCCUGUGCACGAAGGCCCGUGAGAUUUUCAUCUCGCAGCCUAUACUGCUAGAGCUAGAAGCGCCAAUAAAGAUCUGCGGCGACAUACACGGCCAAUACUACGAUCUGCUUCGACUUUUCGAAUACGGCGGGUUCCCACCAGAAGCGAACUACCUCUUCCUCGGCGACUAUGUGGAUCGAGGCAAGCAGUCUCUAGAGACUAUUUGCCUUCUUCUGGCAUACAAGAUCAAGUACCCCGAAAAUUUCUUCAUUCUUCGCGGCAACCACGAGUGCGCCUCCAUCAACCGCAUCUACGGCUUCUAUGAUGAGUGCAAGAGGAGGUACAACAUCAAGCUAUGGAAGACGUUUACGGACUGCUUCAACUGCCUGCCUAUUGCUGCCAUCAUUGACGAGAAGAUCUUCACGAUGCACGGUGGUCUGAGUCCGGAUCUGAACUCCAUGGAGCAAAUCCGCCGCGUCAUGAGGCCUACAGACAUUCCCGACUGCGGUCUGCUCUGCGACUUGCUAUGGUCAGAUCCUGACAAGGACAUUACUGGCUGGAGCGAGAACGACAGAGGUGUUUCCUUCACUUUCGGGCCCGAUGUUGUCUCUCGCUUCCUCCAAAAACACGACAUGGAUCUUAUUUGCCGUGCACAUCAAGUCGUAGAAGAUGGCUAUGAAUUCUUCUCCAAGCGCCAACUUGUCACUCUUUUCAGCGCGCCAAAUUACUGCGGCGAGUUCGAUAAUGCCGGCGCCAUGAUGAGCGUCGACGAGAGCCUGUUGUGUUCCUUCCAGAUACUGAAGCCAGCGGAGAAGAAACAAAAGUACGUCUACGGCGGCAUGGGCUCAAGCAAACCCGUCACCCCCUCUCGCAAGCAGAAGUCGAAGAAGUGA